UUGCAGUUCUGUGGCAGCAGCAGGCGAUUGUCAGUUUUGUUGACGUAGUUCUAGUUGCCAUUUUUCAUUUGCCAAGUGGAAUCUGAAUAAAUAAAACAAAAAUUACUUGUGUAUAAAUAAAGAUACGGGACUUACCUACUUUUAAGUCAGUAAUACCUUCGGCCUAGAUACCUGCGCUUGUUUGUUCACGUCGCGUUACUCCUGUGUGCACAUGUAUUAUCUUUAUAGCCAGUGAGUGAGUGAUAGUGGUCGUAAACAUUCACAUUGUACUUGUGUAAAUUGUCUGGCAGGUUUAGUUGUAGUCUUGAAUCGUAGUGAGUAUGUCUGAUAGCGGGGACAGCGACGUUGCGUGGACGUACUACAAGGAUCGUCCAGAAUGGAGCGACGUGACUCCCGUGCCUGAGGAUGAAGGUCCUAACCUAGUCGUUGUCAUUGCUCAUUCUGAGAAAUUUGUGGAUGUGUAUGAUUACUUCCGAGCUGUACUUAAAAACAAUGAGAGGUCUGAACGAGCGUUACAUCUUACUAAGGAUGCUGUGGAACUAAAUCCGGCUAACUACACAGUGUGGCAAUACAGGAGAGAUCUGCUGAAAGCUUUGGGGACUGACUUAAGACAAGAGUUGGAUUAUGUAGAAGUUGUCAUUAAAAACUCACCCAAAAACUAUCAGGUUUGGCAUCACCGGAGAGUACUUGUUGAGUGGCUGCAAGAUCCCUCACAGGAGCUAGAGUUAACUAGAGACGCUCUGAUGCAAGACCCUAAAAACUAUCAUGCAUGGCAGCACAGACAAUGGGCCAUCAAAACUUUUGGGCUCUAUGAAAAGGAAAUGGACUUUGUUGAUCACCUUAUCACAGAUGACGUGCGUAAUAAUUCCGCGUGGAACCAAAGGUACUUUGUCAUGAAUAAUUACUUAGGCUGGUCAGACCUGAAUGUACAGAAAGAAAUUUGCUAUGCAUUGGAGAAAAUUAAAUUUAUUAAAAACAAUGAAAGUGCAUGGAAUUAUCUUAGAGGUGUACUAAUACAUGACAAAAGAGGUGAAGGUGUAAGCGGGAAUGGCGUCGUCACUUCGUUCUGUGAAGAACUUUACAAGAAUAAGUGUCGUUCUCCAUACUUGCUAGCAUUCCUCAUAGAUAUUUGUAAUGAAGCCAUCAAAAAAGAGGAGACCAGCUGUUUACAUAAUGCGACUAGAGCCAUAGAACUUUGUCAAGCGCUGGCGGGGAAAUACGACAAAAUUCGUAGCAAAUAUUGGAAUUACAUGGCUGAAAAAUUCAAAAAGAUUCAACAGGAAGAAAGCAAUAAAGAUAAGGAGAAAACCGUUGACGAAUGAUUUUAAUAAGGAAAAGCUUAUGUUUUAUGUUAAAUAUUACAAUGAAUUUAAUCUGUGGUAUUAUUUUAUCGAACACUGUUUGAUGAAGUAUAUCUGUACAAACUGUAAGUAACAGCCGAUAAAAAAAGUAUAAUGAUUAAAUAGAUAAACCAUUCAGCAUUAUUUCUGUUAUCGUUUACCGUUUUGAAGAGUCUUAACCAACGAACGUCGAACCUGUUACGUUUUAAUCGUUUGAACACUCGAUACCAAAAGGAUCUGCCUCUAAAAAAUACUUUACACCAAAAGACGAUGUCUUUAUAAAUAUCUUUUAUAUAUUUUGUGUAAUUAUUUAACAUUUUCAUCAUAAUAAAAGAACGUAAAAGA